UGCACAUCCUGAUAUAUAAACCAUAAGUUCAAUCCUUUUAUUCAGUUUUGCUUUAGCACUCUAGCAUCAACAUGAAGUUUUUGGUUAUUGCUGCCUGUGUUGCCACAACUACUUCCAUGCCCCAAGGGUUCUAUGGUCUCCAGACUCAUCCCAAUGGUGCUGUAACUCCUCUUGAUGAGCCUCGUGUUGCUGCUGCCAAAACCGAGCAUUUGGCUGCUCAUGGAGGUUCUCAUGAAGGUUCUUAUGGAUAUGAGCAGAGCUUCUAUGGUCUGGUAGCUCAUCCAAACGGAGCUGUUGUUCCCGUUGAUGAGCCUGCAGUACAAGCUGCCCGUGCUGAUCAUCUUAGUAGCAAGGGAGUUGAGAGUGGUCUGCACAAAGACGUUUACAAUGGAUUAUCACACUCUGAAGUUGCCUACAAUAGCUACAACGGACCCAUCCAUAUUCCGACCCUUGUUGCUCAUCCCAAUGGGGCUGUCACCCCUGCUGAUGAACCUGCUGUUCAAGCUGCACGUGCUGAACAUCUGGCUGCUUAUGGAGAAGUUUACAAAGGAGAGCCUACUGGUGCCCAUGCUAUUCCUUAUGGUUAUGAGCAGAGCUUCUAUGGUCUAGUAGCUCAUCCCAACGGAGCUGUUGUUCCUGUUGACGAGCCUGCAGUCCAAGCUGCCCGUGCUGAACAUCUUAAUGCCAAGGCUGCCUAUGGCCACUAAGCAAGAACCAAUUAGUCUGUUACCUUUCUGAUAGUCUGAGUAAAGCAAAACAAAACUGUGAAAUAGUCAAUAAAUCAGAUUAUAAAAACAAAA